AUGUUCAAGGGUCUGAGCAAAGGCUCCCAGGGGAAGGGGUCCCCUAAGGGCUCCCCGGCCAAGGGCUCUCCCAAGGGCUCCCCCAGCAAGCACAGCCGGGCUGCCACCCAGGAGUUGGCCUUGCUCAUCUCCCGCAUGCAGGCCAAUGCUGACCAGGUGGAGAGGGACAUCCUGGAGACGCAGAAGAGACUGCAGCAGGACCGACUGCACAGUGAGCAGAGCCAGGCCCUGCAGCACCGGCAGGAGGUGGGCCGCAGCCUGAAGGAGGCCGAGGUGCUGCUGAAGGACCUCUUCCUGGAUGUGGACAAGGCCCGGCGCCUCAAGCACCCGCAGGCCGAGGAGAUCGAGAAGGACAUCAAGCAGCUGCACGAGCGGGUGACCCAGGAGUGUGCCGAAUACCGUGCCCUGUACGAGAAGAUGGUGCUGCCGCCCGACGUGGGGCCCAGGGUAGACUGGGCACGCGUGUUGGAGCAGAAACAGAAGCAGGUCUGCGAGGGCCAGUACGGGCCGGGCAUGGCAGAGCUGGAGCAGCAGAUCGCCGAGCACAACAUCCUGCAGAAGGAGAUCGAGGCCUACGGGCAGCAGCUCCGGAACCUCAUUGGGCCGGACGCGGCUACCAUCAGGAGCCAAUACCGGGACCUCCUGAAGGCGGCCUCGUGGCGCGGGCAGAGCCUGGGCAGCCUGUACACGCACCUGCAGGCCUGCACGCGCCAGCUGAGCGCCCUGGCCCAGCAGCAGCAGAGCAUCCUGCAGCAGGACUGGAGCGACCUCCUGGCAGACCCCGAGGGCGUCCGGCGGGAGUACGAGCACUUCAAGCAGCACGAGCUGCUGAGCCAGGAGCAGAGCGUGAACCAGCUGGAGGACGACGGAGAGCGCAUGGUGGAGCUGGGCCACCCGGCUGUGGGGCCCAUCCAGACCCACCAGGAGGCCCUGAAGAUGGAGUGGCAGAACUUUCUGAAUCUGUGCAUCUGUCAGGAGAGCCAGCUGCAGCACGUGGAAGCCUAUCGCCGGUUCCAGGAAGAGGCCGACUCGGUCAGCCAAACCCUGGAAAAGGUGAACUCCAGCCUGGACACCCAGUACAGCCCAGCCCCUGGAGCGCCCCCUGGUGCCCCCACAGAGCUGCUGCAGCAGCUGGAGGCAGAGAAGAAGCAGCUGGCUGUCGCAGUGAAGACCAUUAAGGACCUGCAGCGGCGGAGCCAGCAGGUGGCACCUCUGCAGCAGCGCAGGAACCCACCCCAGCAGCCCCUGCAUGUGGACAGCAUCUGCGACUGGGACUCAGGAGAAGUGCAGCUGCUGCGGGGUGAGCGGUAUUUGCUGAUGGACAACACUGACCAGCACACCUGGGUCGUUCAGGGCCCAGGUGGGGAGACCAAACGUGCCCCAGCCGCCUGCUUCUGCAUCCCGGCUCCAGACCCUGAAGCCGUGACCAGAGCCUCCAAGUUGGCCUCGGAGCUGCAGGCCUUGAAGCAGAGACUGGACACAGUCCAGAGCCACCUGGCGGCCAGCGCUAUGCAGCCCUUACAGACUGGCCAGCAGGGUACUGAGGGUUGGCCGGGGACUUGGGGGAUGGGCCUCGGACCCUCACGGCUCCCUAUGCCCCCAGCUCCCACUGGCUCAGCCCCAGCAGACCCACAGGCCCAGAAGCUCCUGACGCAGAUGACCCGGCUAGAUGGAGACCUGAAGCAGAUAGAGAAGCAGGUGCUGGCCUGGGCCCGAGCCCCGCUGAGCCGCGAGACACCCCUGCAGGACCUGGAGGGCCGCAUCCAAAGCCACAAGGACACAGCCCAGCGGCUGCAGGGCCUGGGAGUGGAGAAGGAGGCGGCCCAGCGGGAGUGUGAGGCGUUUCUGUCUGCACAGCCCGUGGGCCCCUCUGCCCUGCACCUGCCCGUGGCCCUCAACAGCGUCAAGAACAAGUACAACGACGUGCAGGUUCUCUGCAACCUCUAUGGGGAGAAAGCCAGAGCUGCCCUGGGGCUGGAGCGCCAGAUCCAGGACACGGACAGGGUCAUCCGAGGCUUCGAGACCACCGUGGCGCAGGAGGCCCCCAUCCCCGCCGGCCCGGGCGCCCUGGAGGACAGGGUCAACCAGCUGCAGCACCUGCGGAGGGAACUGCUGGAACAGCAGGCCUGCGUGCUGGGGCUGCACCGGGAGCUGAAGGCCACUGAGCACGCAUGCGGCGCCCUGCGGAACAACUUCCAUGAGUUCUGCCAAGACCUGCCUCGCCAGCAGCGCCAGGCGAGGGCCCUCACCGACCGCUACCACGCUGUGGGGGACCAGCUGGACCUGCGGGAGAAGAUGCUGCAGGAUGUCCGCCUCACCUACCAGCAGUUCAAGAACUGCAGGGAUAACCUGAGCUUCUGGCUGGAGCACCUGCCCCGCGCCCAGGUGCGGCCCGGCGAGGGGCCCAGCCAGAUCGCCUACAAGCUGCAGGCACAGAAGAGGCGGCAACAGGAGAUCCAGGGCCGAGAGCAGGACAGGGCCAUGGUGUCCCGCCUCUCCCAGGACCUGCAGGCAGCUCUCCAGGACUAUGAGUUGCAGGCAGACACCUACCGCUUCUCCCUGGAGACCACCGAGGCAGGGUCAGCUCCCAAGAGAGCCCGCGUAGCUCCUCUGCAGGAGAGCAUCCAGGCGCAGGAGAAGAGCCUGACAAAGGCCUACACGGAGCUCGCGGCUGCCCACCAGCAGCAGCUGCACCAGCUGGAGUUUGCCAGAAAGAUGCUGGAGAAGAAGGAGCUCAAUGAGGAUAUCCAGGUGACCCAUGGCGCACAGCAGGGGUCUUCGGGCCCUGCCCGAGCAGGGAGGGAGUCAGAGGCCCUGAAGUCGCAGCUGGAGGAGGAGAGGAAGCUGGUGGCCCAGGUGCAGCAGCAGCUGCGGGAGCAGAGGGACCAGCUGCUGCAGCUGAGGACACAGCGGCCCGUGGAGAGGCUGGAAGAGAAGGAGGUGGUGGAGUUCUACCGGGACCCCCAGCUGGAGAGCAGCCUGUCCAGGGCUCGGUCCCAGCUGGAGGACGAAGGCAAGAAGCGGGCCGGCCUGCAGGCAGACCUGGAGGCGGUGGCCCAGAAGGUCGUCCAGCUGGAGAGCAAGAGGAGGGACAUGCAGCCUCACCUGCUGACCAAGGAGGUCACCCAGAUCGAGAGGGACCCCGGUCUGGAGAGCCAGGCGGCCCAGCUCAGCGGCGAGAUCCAGCGCCUGCGCGGGGAGAACGCCGCUGUCUCGGCCCGGCUAGAGGCGCUGAAGAAGGAGCUGCUGGCCCUGGAGCAGAAGGCCCCGAACGUGAAGGAGAAGGUCGUGGUGAAGGAAGUGGUCAAGGUGGAGAAGGACCUGGAAAUGCUCAAGGCGGCCCAGGCCCUGAGGCGGCAGGUGGAGGAGGACGCGGGGCGGAGGAAGGCGGCAGCCGAGGCGGCGGCCCAGCUGCAGGCUCGCAUUGGGGAACUAGAGCGCGCCAUCGGUGCCGUGGAGCCCAAGGUGAUCGUGAAGGAGGUGAAGACGGUGGAGCAGGACCCGGGCCUUCUGGAAGAGGCGUCCAGGCUGAGGCGCCUCCUGGGGGAGGCCAGGGGCAGGGACACGGCGCUGGCGCAGGAGCUGGAGGACCUGCACGCGAAGUGCAGCGCGUUGGAGAAGCAGAAGCCCAAGGUGCAGCUCCAGGAGCGCGUGCACGAGACCUUCCAGGUGGCCCCGGAGACGCAGCAGGAGAUGGCGCGGCUCCGGGCGCAGCUGCAGGAGACGGCGGGCAGGAGGAGCCGCGCCGAGCAGGAGGUGGAGGGGCUGCUGCCCGACCUGGCCGCGCUCCGGGCCCAGAAGCCCACCGUGGAGUACAAGGAGGUGACCCAGGAGGUGGUGAAGCACGAGCGGAGCCCCGAGGUGCUGCGGGAGAUCGACCGCCUGAAGGCCCAGCUCAAUGAGCUCGUCAACGGCAGUGGGCGGGCCCGGGAGCAGCUCAUCCGGCUGCAGGGGGAGCGCGACGAGUGGCGGCGGGAGCGGUCCAAGGUGGAGACCAAGACGGUGAACAAGGAGGUGGUGCGCCACGAGAAGGACCCGGUCCUGGAGAAGGAAGCCGAGCGGCUGCGCCAGGAGGUGCGAGAAGCCGCCCAGAAGCGGCGGGCGGCCGAGGACGCCGUCCACGAGCUGCAGAACAGGUACCUGCUGCUGGAAAGGAGGCGGCCCGAGGAGAAGGUGGUGGUGCAGGAGGUGGUGGUCACCCAGAAGGACCCCAAGCUCCGCGAGGACCACAGCCGGCUGAGCCGCAGCCUGGACGAGGAGGCGGGCCGGCGGAGGCAGCUGGAGCGCGAGGUGCAGCAGCUGCGGGCGGCCGUGCAGGAGCAGGAGAGCCUGCUCAGCUUCCGCGAGGACCGGAGCAAGAAGCUGGCCGCCGAGAGGGAGCUGCGGCAGCUGACCCUCAGGAUCCAGGAGCUCGAGAAGCGGCCUCCUGUGGUGCAAGAGAAGAUCAUCAUGGAGGAGGUGGUCAAGCUGGAGAAGGACCCAGCUCUGGAGAAGUCCGCGGAGGCCCUGCGGCAGGACCUGGACCAGGAGAAGACGCAGGUAACAGAGCUGCACCGCGAGUGCAAGAACCUGCAGGUCCAGAUCGACGUCCUCCAGACCACCAAGUCGCAAGAGAAGACCAUCUACAAGGAGGUGAUCAGAGUGGAGAAGGACCGGGUGCUGGAGGGUGAGCGGUCCCGGGCAUGGGAGGCGCUCAACAGGGAGCGCGCGGCCCGCCAGAGCCGGGAGGAGGACGUGCGGCACCUCCGGGAGCGGCUGGACCGGGCCGAGGCGCUGGGGCGGACCUGGGCCCGGGAGGAGGCCGAGCUCCACAAGGCCCGGGACCAGGCGGAUCAGGAGCGCCGGCAGCUGCGGCAGGAGCUGCGGGAGCUGGAGAGGCAGAAGCAGCAGAAAGUGCUGCAGCUGCAGGAGGAGGCGGAGCUGCUGAACCAGAAGACUGAGAGCGAGCGCCAGAAGGCCGCCCAACGGGGCCAGGAGCUCUCGCAGCUCGAGGCGGCCAUCCUCUGUGAGAAGGACCAGAUCUACGAGAAGGAGAGGACCCUCCGGGACCUCCAUGCCAAGGUGAGCAGGGAGGAGCUCAACCAGGAGACCCAGACGCGCGAGACCAACCUUUCCACCAAGAUCUCCAUCCUCGAACCUGAGACCGGCAAGGACAUGUCCCCGUAUGAGGCCUACAAGAGGGGCGUCAUCGACCGAGGCCAGUACCUCCAGCUCCAGGAGCUCGAGUGCGACUGGGAGGAGGUCACCACCUCGGGCCCCUGUGGCGAGGAGUCCGUGCUCCUGGACCGCAAGAGCGGGAAGCAGUACUCCAUCGAGGCCGCCCUGCGCUGCCGGCGCAUCUCCAAGGAGGAGUACCAUCUCUACAAGGACGGCCACCUCCCGAUCUCCGAGUUUGCGCUGCUCGUGGCCUGGGAGACUAAGCCCUGCUCCUCGCUCUCCAUUGGCUCCAUCAUCUCCAAGUCCCCGCUCGCCUCCCCAGCCCCCCAGGGCCCCGGCUUCUUCUCUCCCAGCGUCUCACUUGGGCUCGCCGAUGACAGCUUCCCCAUCGCCGGCAUCUAUGACACAACCACAGACAACAAAUGCACCAUCAAGACGGCCGUGGCCAAGAACAUGCUGGACCCCAUCACCGGGCAGAAGCUGCUGGAGGCCCAGGCGGCCACCGGGGGCAUCGUGGACCUCCUCAGCCGGGAGCGCUACUCCGUGCACAAGGCUAUGGAGAGGGGGCUGAUUGAUAACUCCUCGACACAGAGGCUGCUCAACGCCCAGAAGGCCUUCACUGGCAUCGAGGAUCCUGUCACCAAGAAGAGGCUGUCGGUGGGCGAGGCCAUCCAGAAGGGCUGGAUGCCGCAGGAGAGCGUACUCCCGCACCUGCAGGCGCAGCACCUGACCGGGGGGCUCAUCGACCCCAAGAGGACCGGCCGCAUCCCUGUCCCCCAGGCCGUGCUCUCCGGAAUGAUCAGCGAAGAGCUGGCCCAGCUCCUGCGGGAGGAGGCCAGCUACGAGAAGGAUUUGACAGACCCCAUCUCCAAGGAGCGCAUAAGCUACAAGGAGGCCAUGGGGCGCUGCCGGAGAGACCCCCUGAGCGGCCUGCUGCUGCUCCCCGCCACGCUGGAGGGGUACCACUGCUACCGCCCCGCCUCGCCCCGGCUGCUGCGCUGCCGGCGCUGAGGGGCCCAAGCAGUCGUGGGGAGCGCGCACGGUGGGGAGGGGGACGCAGGCACCCCUUACCCCAGAGCGCCCAACCCGAGGGGGCGGGCCUUCCCUCUGUCUGAUCGCAGUGCUAUUACUCAAAAGUUUGUGGUGUUGGGCCCCCUCCCCUAACUCUGAUGCCCAGUCCAUCCCCAGACCCCGGGAUCAGCACAGCUGUUUUUCCUACCCGCCCCCCACCCAGUGCUUCCAAUAAACGAAUUCUCCCAGC